AGAACAUUUCGUGCUGGGCCUAUAGGAACGCCGGGACGGUCGGUCCCUGCUCAACUAGGAGGGGCGGUGUCAGUUCCCGGCUUUGGCCCGAGCCAUUUCGGAUCCAGUGUUCGGUUUUUCCAGGCCUCCCAGAAGGCCUCGAGUUCCGGCCAGAGCGCAAGUUUCGACGCCCCACGCGCUCCAGGGCCCAUGGCGCUGGCCGGGCUGCUCGGGCUGGCCCUGCUCGUGCGGGGCGUGCCGGCCUCGCAGGAGGCGGAGUCCUGCGAGGCCGCGGGCGGGUGCGACGAGGCGGGGCUCGCGCAGCUCAGGGCCUCCCUCGCGACGAAGGGCGGCGAUUCGGACCAGGAGGGGGGCGGCUGCAAGUCCAACGGCAAACAGUGCAACGCGGACAGAAAGUGCUGCUCGGGGCACUGCUCCGUCUGGCCGCCGCCCGUCGGUGUCUGCGCCGACGUGGCCAGUCUCGCGCAGACGGAUGAGUCCCAGGGUGGCGCGACCAAGGGCGGAGCCUCCGACGAGGAGGAGGGCGGCUGCAAGUCCAAGGGCAAGCUGUGCGCCAAGGACAGCAAGUGCUGCUCGGGGUUCUGCGACCGCAGCAACGGCGACCGCGACAAGCCCAUCGGCCGUCUGCGCGAGAUUGACCUCGUGCAGAAUGCGGGGCUGUGCUCCUGAAGACCGUCGCGCCCUGUGCCGAGGUCCGAUCCGGCCCCCGUCGUCGGAGUGAGUGCGCGGCGCGCCCGCUUGAUCCGAAGCUGACAGGUGCUGAAAUGUAUGAGGGGCGUUCGCGCUGGAGUGCUGACGCGUGGAUAGCUGCGCGCUUUGCCCCUGCGUGCGAACUGAUUUCCAGUAUUUGGAACGCCGAAGUUGCUUCGGGCUUACAGUGGUAGGUCGGCCCGAACGGCGCCACUUGCCACGUCGCUGACAGUUUCCGAGCUCGAUGGAACAUGUGAGCUUGGCGCGGCCCCAAUUUGCGUUUCAAAGGGGAGCAGCUUGCCAAGGA